AUGGUAUGUGACCCUUCGUUCCUGGUCCAGGUCGAGCUGCAUCGUCUCUGGCGCAAGGAGAACGACACAUCGGACGGAGAAGACGAUACCAAGUCCCAAGUCAGCGCGGCCGCCGAGGUCGAGGUCUCUGCCGAUGCUUCCGGCGGUAAGGGCCAGAUGAGCGUCCUUGAGGCUCUCAAGGGUGUUCUCAAGCUCUCCCUCAUCCACGACGGACUUGCCCGUGGUCUGCGCGAGGCCUCCAAGGCCCUCGACCGUCGUGAGGCGCACAUGUGCGUUCUCAACGAGGCCUGCGAGGAGGAGGCAUACAAGAAGCUCGUCGUUGCCCUGUGCUCCGAGCACAAGAUCCCCCUUAUCAAGGUUCCCGAUGGCAAGCAGCUCGGCGAGUGGGCUGGUCUCUGCCAGAUCGACCGCGAAGGCAACCCCCGCAAGGUCGUCAACUGCUCUUGCGUCGUCGUCAAGGACUGGGGUGAGGAGUCCCAGGAGCGCAGCAUCCUCCUCAACUACUUCCAGACCGAGCAGUAA